AUGGUCCAUGGCGAGCUCGACUCCUUUGAUGGCCGCGAAGCCACCAUUGAAGGCGUGCACAAUGCCCUAUUCACGGGACUCGCGACCUGUCGGGGCGUGGUCUCGUCGUUUCUCUCAAGAAUCGAGACAUUCAACCCAACCAUUAAUGCCGUGAUUAGUCUGAACCCAGAGGCCCUAUCUCGGGCCGACGAGCUCGACCAAUCUCUGGCAGCGGGAAACGUGACGGGACGACUCUUUUGCAUCCCGAUCCUGCUCAAGGACAACUAUGACGCCGUGGGGAUGAACACGACGGGCGGCAAUCUAGGCCUUGCCGGGAACAGGCCCACGCAGGACGCGCCGACGGUCAAGGCGUUCAGGGACGAGGGUGCGAUUAUCUUGGGCAAGGCGAAUCUGCACGAGCUCGCACUGGAGGGCAUCUCCGUGUCAUCUCUGGGGGGCCAGACCAUCAACCCGUACGACCAUGGCCGCACGCCGGGCGGGAGCAGCGGCGGGACCGGCGCCGCCAUUGCCGCGAGCUUUGCCGUGUUUGGGACGGGGACGGACACGGUCAACUCGCUUCGCAGCCCCGCGAGCGCAAACAGUCUCGUCAGCGUGCGGCCGACCCGCGGGCUCAUCACCCGGGCCGGCGUCAUCCCCAUUAGCUAUACGCAGGACGCGGUCGGCGCCAUUGCCCGCAACGUCCGGGACUUGGCCACUGCGCUGACGGUCAUGGCGGGCAUUGGCUUCGACGGCCGCGACAACGUCACGGCAUUGGCGCCGCCCGAGGCCAUUGGCAAGGAUUACGCGGCGGAGCUGACCUACUCUGCCAAUAGCUUACAGGGACUCCGCCUUGGGAUGCUGGACGGGUUCUGGAAUCACACGGCUUCAGACGAGACGACGCCAGUCAAUGAGGCCAUGGCCAAAAUGCUGGAAUUCCUCCAGGCGGCGGGCGCGGAGCUAGUCAAUGUGACGGAUUCUCUAUAUAAUGCUACUGCUAUUGCCGCGAGACUGGACGUCCAGACGUCCGAGUACCGACAAGAGCUGGACGGCUACUUGGCGGGGCCGAACCUGGACGGCCAGGCGCCAGCCUCGUUCAACGAGCUCUACACGAGCGGCAAGUUUCUAGUGCUCCCCAGCCAGUACAACUACGUCAAGACGGCGUUUGCGUCGUCGACGAGCAAUGCAUCCUACGCCGUGGCCCAGCUCGGCAUCCAGAACCUGACCACGGCGCUGCGGCGCACCUUUUCGGACCACCAGCUGGACGCGCUCAUCUACCCGGAGCAAAAGAACCUAGUGGUCAAGCUCGGCGCGCCUUCGCAGAGCGGACGCAACGGCAUCCUGGCGGCGCUGACGGGGUCCCCGGUGGUGACGGUGCCGGCGGGGUUCUCGCCGCCCUCUGCGGCGGCGCCCAUUGGCGUCCCCAUUGGCAUGGAGCUCCUCGGCCUGCCCUUUACAGAGGGCAAGCUGCUCAACAUGGCGGCGUACAUAACGACGCAGUUUCCCGUGCGCAGGAUGCCGUCUUUUGCCAACCAGUCGGUUGAGACAAGAGACUAUGUCGAGGUGCCCGUCAUUAAGCCGAAUACUAGCAAUAUCCCCUCGCAGUAUCCCAUCGGCGUGUUAUAG